CACGCUCAAAUAUUAACUUAACCCCGCCCUCCCGGGAGCAACCUGGUCACCCCAGCCACUAUUUUCCGUCACGCCAUUUUCCAUCGAAGACCGAGAGGAACAAACGAGCCGGAGCGCUGAUAGACUAAACUGUGAAUUGCAACAAACGCGAUCCAGUCAUGCAUCGUGACUGUCCUCUUGACUGCAAGGUCUAUGUUGGAAAUUUGGGCAACAAUGGAAACAAGACCGAGUUAGAGAGGUCAUUUGGCUACUAUGGUCCUCUCCGCAGUGUUUGGGUGGCAAGGAACCCUCCAGGCUUUGCCUUCGUAGAAUUUGAAGAUCCCAGAGAUGCAACAGAUGCUGUGCGUGAGCUUGAUGGGAGGACAUUGUGUGGUUGCCGGGUGCGAGUAGAGCUGUCCAAUGGUGAGAAGCGCAGCCGCACCCGUGGUGCUCCCCCUUCAUGGAGCAGGCGUCCUCGAGACCGAGACGACUACAGGCGCCGUAGCCCACCACCCAGACGAAGAUCCCCACGCAGGAGGAGCUUCAGCCGCAGUCGAAGCAGGUCUUUCUCCAGAGACAGGAGGAGGGAGAGGUCCCUCUCCCGGGACAGGAACCACAAACCUUCGAGGUCCUUCUCACGGUCAAGGAGCCGCUCCAGGUCUAAUGACAGGAAGUAGAGGACAGUCUGUCAGGUGUAAAGGGAGUUUGAUGAACGGCUGUACAGGCGUUGCCGUUUCAUUUGAUGGACUUCAACAUGGUCAUUUUUGUGUUGGGUUUUUUAAACAAUCAUGCAUUUUAGUGUCCCUCCCCCUUUCUUGUUACGGUCAUUUUCAAAUACGCUUAGUGGGUGUGUGCAGGUGUGUUGCAUCACGUAAGUCACGUCCAUCUUGUCGGUCUUGAAACAGUUGUGCCACCCAUCAUUCCAGUUCAUAGUUAAUAUCUUAAGAGCUUUGGUUUUUGUUGAUGAUGUACUGUGUAGUUUGACUUAGUAUGAGUAGUUCCUCAUUUUCUUUCUUUUUUUAAAAAGAAGGAUUGGGAUUUGUUAGAAACUCCCUCCUUUUGAUUGUCUGUAAAGCCAACCUAUUUUCAACGUGCUACUUUCUUACUUCAUACUGAAGGUUUCCAUCUGUGAAUGGCUGGGUGUAAUAAACACACCCCCUCAUUCAAGAUGCUAAACUAUGGCAUUGGGUUAAAAAAAGGUGUAAUGUACACAAGUCUAAUUUUUGAAGUUUACCAUUAUUUUUUCAUUUGUUUGAUACGAUGUGAAAUUGUCUCUCAAUUAAACAUACCAGUUGAUUAAAAGUA